AUGUUCACGUGGAGCCCGCGGCGGAAGCCGGGCCGCAAAGUUGGAUUUCUGCUGCUGGUUGUCCUGAGCUUCCUGGUGCUGCGCAGAUACCUACGCCGUGAGUCCAUCAGCUGUGACCGGGAGGGGACUCGCAGGUUGGAAUGGAGGACUCUGAUCCCACUGUGGCUUCGACAUCGUCAGUUAGGACUCACUGCCGGAGUCCAGAACUUCAUGCUGGAAGACUCGACCUUCUGGAUUUUCGGGGGCUCUGUACACUAUUUCCGGGUGCCCAGGGAAUACUGGAGGGAUCGCUUGCUCAAGAUGAAGGCCUGUGGCCUGAAUACUCUCACCACCUAUGUUCCCUGGAACCUCCACGAGCCAGAAAGAGGCAAAUUUGACUUCUCUGGGAACCUGGAUCUGGAGGCCUUUGUGCUGAUGGCGGCAGAGAUCGGGCUGUGGGUGAUUCUGCGUCCAGGCCCUUACAUCUGCAGUGAGAUUGACCUUGGGGGCUUGCCCAGCUGGCUACUCCAAGACCCUGGCAUGCAGCUGAGAACCACUUACAAGGGCUUCACCGAAGCAGUGGACCUUUACUUCGAUCACCUGAUGUCUAGAGUGGUGCCACUCCAGUACAAACAUGGGGGACCCAUCAUUGCUGUGCAGGUGGAAAAUGAGUAUGGCUCCUAUAACAAAGACCCUGCCUACAUGCCUUACAUCAAGAAGGCCUUGGAGGACCGUGGCAUUGUGGAGCUGCUGCUGACUUCAGACAAUAAGGACGGCCUGAGCAAGGGCAUGAUUCCUGGAGUGUUGGCCACCAUCAACCUGCAGUCACACGCAGAGCUGCAGUCACUCACCACCUUUCUCCGAAGUAUGAAGAGAAUGCAGCCCACACUGGUGAUGGAGUACUGGACAGGGUGGUUUGAUUCGUGGGGAGGCCCGCACAAUAUCUUGGAUUCUUCUGAGGUUUUGCAGACGGUGUCUGCCAUCGUUGAUGCUGGCGCCUCCAUCAACCUCUACAUGUUCCACGGAGGCACCAACUUUGGCUUCAUCAAUGGAGCCAUGCAUUUUAAUGAAUACAAGUCUGAUGUCACCAGCUAUGACUAUGAUGCAGUGCUGACAGAGGCCGGAGACUACACGGCCAAGUACUCUAAGCUUCGAGACUUCUUUGGCUCCAUCUUAGGUACCCCUCUGCCUCCUCCACCUGAGCUUCUUCCCAAGAUAUCCUAUGAUCCAAUGAAGCCUUCUUUCUACCUGUCACUGUGGGAUGCCCUACAGUACCUGGAGGUGAGUCCCGUCACAUCUGAAAAGCCCAUCAACAUGGAGAAUAUGCCAGUGAAUGAUGGGAACGGCCAAUCUUUUGGGUAUAUUCUGUAUGAGACCACCAUCACCUCACCUGGCAUCCUCAGGGGUCUUGUGCGAGACCGGGGUCAAGUCUUCUUGGACACAGUAUCCAUAGGAUUCAUGGACUAUAAAACGACGCAGAUUAUUGUCCCCUUGAUCCAGGGCUACACCAUACUGAGGAUCCUGGUGGAGAACCGUGGGCGUGUCAACUACGGGGAUAACAUUGAUGAUCAGCGCAAAGGUGUAAUUGGAAAUCUCUAUCUGGAUGAUUCUCCCCUGAAGAAGUUCAGAAUCUACAGUCUGGAUCUGAAAAAAAGCUUGUUUAGCAGGUUUGCCAUUGACAAGUGGACUUCUGUCCCAGAAGUACCUGUGUUCCCUGCGUUCUUCUUGGGUGCUUUGCUUGUUGGUUCUGCUCCUUUUGACACCUUUCUGAAGCUGGAGGGCUGGGAGAAGGGCGUCGUAUUCAUCAAUGGCAAGAAUCUUGGGCGCUACUGGAACAUUGGACCCCAGAAGACUCUGUACCUUCCAGGUGCCUGGCUGCAAAAAGGAAUCAAUCAGGUCAUCAUUUUUGAGGAGAUGGUGUCGGGCCCAAUGAUCCAGUCAACUGAUAUCCCCCACCUGGGCAGGAACCAGUACAUUCACUGA